AUGACGCAGACCAGCAGCCAGCCCAGCACUUGGACGACUCAGUCAAGUGAGAUCACUCUCUCGCCCAGAGACCCGAUGGGUAUACUUCGUCACAUUACCCUUUAUGCAGGCCUGAACCAGAUAUUCGGCCGAGCCGACAGAUGUUCCAGCCAGCCGGCAAGCAACAACCCAGCCGAGUACUCCAUUGUCUCCCGUGAGCAUGCCAACCUGCUUUCCACGAGAUGGCAAACGAGCAGUUCCCGGUAA